GCGCAUUGUGCUGGUCUCCAUGGCGGGGCCUCGGAGCCAAGACGAGGUUGAGUAGACUCGUUUUGAAUUUUCUCCCCUCUGCUCCGGCGGACUUCCCUCCUCGCCUUGUGGGGCUCUCGGCGGCGGCAGGACUGGGGGAGUCGGAGGUUUGGCAGAGCUGUCUGCGCCCAUGGACCGGACGCUACCUCCCAACCCCCUUUCUUCCUCCUCUCUCUCCUCCUCCUCCAGUCACCGCCUGACCCACCCGGCCUCAAGCAACUGCCGGCCCCCGCCCCCAGCGGCAUCCCGGCACUGGCGGCUGCCUCCACGUCCCGCCUCGGCGCCUUUUUGGGGUCCUCCAUGGCAGGGCCUACUACCUCUGGCCCACAAGGGGGCUCGCGGGCCCCGGGGAGGCAGGCUGGAGGAGGAGGAGGAGGUUAGGUGUUUGAAGGAGGGUUGCUGAGCCGCAGGACACGCUACUGCCGCGGAGACGUACCCGGACCCCUUGGGCGGAGCGCCCAGUGUGUGGUCCCUCACGUUGCCCCGCACCCCGCUUUUUAGGGUCUUUUUUCCCCUAUUCUGAGCCCUUUUAUAUCUUAUGUUUAAAAGGGGGAAAGCACGCUCCCACACCUUCUCCCCUGCUUUUUUUAUCUUGAAGUUACCCAAUGGCUUAUGUCUUGUUCUCAGUGGUCCUAAGUAUUACUCUAAUUCAAUAUAGUUGUUUUUCUGAGGGAGGAUGGAUGGAGAGAGAACUAUCCAGAUUCCAAAGUCAUUUUUUAAGGCCUUCGCCAGAAAAAGCUCCAAGAGAGGGACUUCAAGAGACUGCAGUUUAGAAUCAGGCAGAACUGGAUUGCAAAGUUUAUGGGCAGAGCGGUAUGUGUGCAGAGAAAAUGCAGCUGUGAAGACACAGUUAUAGCUUUCACAUAAAUGAAGCUACAACUAUCAUGAUUUAGUGCCCCCAAAAGGAAGAAUUUCAAUGGACAAGAAAGGGCAUUUCUGGGGGUAGUAGAAUUCUUGAGGCCUGGAAUUUAAACUUGAGCCACUGCCUGAAGCAAUUAAAUAAUAGAAGAAAAUGGAAUUGAAUAUAUCAGCAUGGAACAGUCUAAUGAUCCACUAAGAGUCAACCAUAAUGAUGGUGAAGAGUCAAAAACAGAUGCUCAGGUAUUUGAGCAUCUAACCUGUAUGGACUCCAGGGAUUCUUCCUUUGGACAAAAUGAUACUCCUACAGUUUUGCGCAUCACUACUCCUGAAGCAAAUAAUUCACUCACAUCACAGAAUAUACCAGGGCCCCUGACUCAGACCCAGACUCUUUCUGCACAGCAAUUCCAUCUAGUGGACCAAAAUGGGCAACCUGUUCAAUAUGAACUUCAGUCAUUGGGGGAUUCUAAUGCACAAAUGAUGAUCGUUGCCAGCCCAUCAGAAAAUGGACAGGUACUUCGUAUAAUUCCAUCUACCCAGACAGGAAUGGCACAAGUGGUUUUACCUCAGGGGCAGCUUGUGGAUGUGACUAGUACUCGGGAUGUCUCUGAAGAGAAACCCAAUGACAGAAACUUACCAACUGUAAGAAUAAAUGCUUUAGUGGACAAUACUGGCAGUAGUUAUAUUCUUCGUCCACAAACAUCCCUCACAUUGCCCAAAAAGUCAGUGACCAGAAUACUUGAAGAACCUUUUCUGGCUCCUCUUCAGCCACUUUCUUCUAACACACCUGUAUGGGCCUGUCGUCUUAGGAGCUGUGAGAAAAUUGGAGAUUCAUAUCGUGGCUACUGUGUAAGUGAGACUGAAUUAGAAAGUAUCCUAACAUUUCACAAGCAGCAAACACAGAGUGUUUGGGGGACCCGCCAGUCUCCAAGCCCAGCCAAGCCUGCUACACGCUUGAUGUGGAAAUCCCAGUAUGUCCCAUAUGAUGGAAUUCCAUUUGUCAAUGCAGGGAGUAGAGCUGUGGUAAUGGAGUGUCAGUAUGGGCCAAGGAGAAAAGGUUUCCAGUUAAAAAAAAUCAGUGAGCAGGAAAGCAGGUCCUGUCAGCUCUACAAAGCCACUUGUCCAGCUCGGAUUUACAUUAAAAAGGUACAGAAGUUUCCUGAAUAUAGAGUUCCUACAGACCCCAAAAUUGAUAAGAAAAUAAUCAGAAUGGAGCAGGAGAAAGCCUUUAACAUGCUAAAGAAGAACUUGGUAGAUGCUGGUGGUGUUCUUAGGUGGUAUGUACAGUUGCCUACACAGCAAGCUCAUCAGUAUCAUGAACUGGAGACUCCCUGCCUCCCUUUGUCACCUUCCCCUUUUCCUGUGUCUUCUCUUGAAGAAGAAGAAACUGCAAUUAGAGAUGAGAAUUGUGCAUUACCCUCACGUUUACAUCCUCAAGUCGCACAUAAGAUUCAAGAAUUAGUAUCACAGGGAAUAGAACAAGUGUAUGCAGUAAGGAAACAGCUAAGAAAGUUUGUGGAAAGAGAAAUGUUCAAACCUGAGGAGGUACCUGAAAGACAUAAUUUAUCUUUUUUUCCAACUGUAAAUGAUAUAAAAAAUCACAUCCAUGAAGUACAGAAAUCCUUGAGAAAUGGAGAUACAGUAUAUAACUCAGAGAUUAUUCCAGCAACGCUUCAGUGGACUACAGACAGUGGGAAUAUUCUCAGAGAAACUGUGACAGUUACAUUUGCAGAAGGAAAUUCACCACGAGAAUCAGUUACCACCAAAGGAGAAACAAAUCAGACAGGAGGUUCUUUGUCUCAUGAGCCAACCCACUUGCUCUCCUCACUUUCCUCCUUUCAGCCAAAAAUAUUUACACAACUACAGGGUUUGCAGUUACAACCAAGGUUCGCCUCUUCUGAUGCAUCACCGGCUCUGAUAUCAGUAAAUAACCACCCCUCCUCCAGUCCUUCAAGACUUCUGGAUUCAAUAGGAAGUACUGUAAUGAAUAAUAAUUCUCUACUGCUUGGUCAAAGCCGUAGCCUUCAAACAGAUACAUGCCUAACCCAAAACAAUAGUACUUCCUCUACCAUGGGUAACCUUCCAGGACCGGAUCAAAAUCUAGUUGCAAUGGAUCAGCUAGUUGAAGUUGGAGAUGUUGAGGAUACGGGGAAUCUGGAAGGAAGUGUUCAUCGGAUUCUGUUGGGAGAUGUGCAGAGCAUUCCAAUACAGAUUAUAGACAAUCACCCAGCUCUUAUUGAAGAAAAUCCAGAAGGUAUCAUUUCUGUGAGCCAAGUUAAGCAAGAACCCAAAGAACCAGCAUUGUCUAUGGAAGGAAAAAAAAAUAUGGACUAUAAAAAAUUAUCUGCUACAUAAAUUAUUGAAGCAUUUCAGAAUUUACAACUUUGAUAACUUCUGAUGUCUUAGAAAAGAAGGUGAAUAUUGUCAGAGUGCGUCAUCGUGAUAACUGGAUUGAAGAUUAAUUUGAUAAGAAGCUUUGAUUUAAAACUGAUAUACUUGUUGCCAAUUACAUAUUUUUACCUUGAGAUAUUUUACUCUUUUCAUUUUGUAUAAUUUUUAUGCUUUUGAUUAUCUAAUAAGGCCAGUAUUUCAAAAGCUCUCCUGAACUCAUCCACAGUAUUAUAGUCUGAAUACAAAUAGUUAUCUAAUCCAUCCUUGGAAAUACCCAAUUUUGAUUCUUACAAGACAGAAAAGAGCAACAACAA